UUGUAAUUAUACAUAUUGAUUUUUUUGGAUAAAUUAUUAAUAGAAUUAAUAAAUAGCUAAUAAUUCCUCAUAUUUUUAAAUAUUUUAAUUCAUAAAUUUAACUUUUUUAUAAAGGCAAAACGAUUUAGAUAAUCGGUUGCCUAAAUUGUACAUUUGCAGCAGUAGCAAAAAGGCUUAAUAAAUUAAUAAAUUAAUCUGUUAUUGAUAAAGUGUUAAACAUUAUAAUUAUAGUUACUUAAAACAUCAAACUACAAUUUCCAACAUUUAUUUGCGUACAAUUUAGUGUUAAUUGGAAAAUAUAAUAAAAAAAUAAUUCUUAAAUUAUAAUAAAAGAUUAUAAAAUUAAUAUUUUAAAAACUCUUUUCUAUAUAUUUAUAAAAAACUAUUCAAGAGAAGAAGAAUCACAUUUCGAACAAUAUGUGUAUUUAAAAAAAUGAAAAUGAAUUUAGCUUAUUGAGAAAAUCACUAAAAAAAAAAACAAAAAAAAUGAACCAUGCUAUGUGGAUAAAAAAUGAUAGCACUUUGUGCUUUUCUUGCCAUAAGAAAGCAUAAACAAAAGUAAAAAUAAUGUAAACAUCAGCCGACAUGUGAGUAUACAACUUUAAAAUAAAAUUACUUCUAUUUACAUUAAUUACAAUAAUUUUAUUUCUAUUUCCUUAUCAUUUAUAAUAUAAAAAAAAUUAUUUUUAGUAUGUUUUGAAUGUUGCUAAUAUCAAACUCGUAAAAUUUUGAUUUUAAUAAAACUUUAUAUACAAAUAGGUUGUGUAAAUAAAUCAAUUAAAAAAAAAAUAUCAAAAACGCCAAAAAAUUUUAAGGGAUGAAAUCGCUCCUUAUGUACAAAAUGGUUUUCAACUUCCAUUAUAUCUCAAAAAACUAUUCAAGAUAUGGUAGCAAAUAAAAAAAAUAAAUUAUAAAAUUGUUAAAUGUAUAAAAUAUUUGUUACUGAAGAAUUUCAUAUGUAUAUAACGUUUAUUUUUAUAUGAGAAGUAUAAAUACUGACACAUUUCUAAUUUCAAUCACUUUUUGCAGAGACUAUAUGGGUAAUACAUUUUUGAAUUAUGAGUUUUACUAGGUAUGUAGCUUUACAGUCAAAAAAAAUUAAUCUUGAAUGGAAGAACCAAGUGUAUUCUGUAAGCGUGUACAUUGAAAUGAAUUUACGGAGCUAAGAAAGGAGAAACGCGCCUGCGUGAGUUUUCUGCAAAUUUUAUGAGAAAAACACACCUGUCGAAUUGCCUUUCACGUGAAUCGAUAACAUAUGCGUAGUCAUAGUCAGUUAUUAAGGAGUUAGUUGAAUUGGGUGCGAUUAGAUAUUAUGGAAAACAUUGGCACAAGUAGUCAUGAUUAUUUAACAAAAUUAUAAGAGAGAAAUAAAAAAUUAUAAGAGAAAAGGGGAGAUGAAUUUUACGAUAUCUUCAGUUUUCAUAAUCAGUAAUACUUAGAAACUCGCAGAGAAAUGAUACCUUCGAUAACUCAGUAUUACAGUAUAAACAGAUUUCAAUUACUUCUUGUCGGUUUAUGGCCCUAUCAACAAUCCACGUUUACUCGAUUUCAGUUUAUUUGCUUCUCUCUUAUUUUGACGACAGGUAUUAUAUUUCAGUUGACACCAUUAAUAAUAUUAAAAUGUACUUCGAAUCUUGUUGCUAAGGUGCUGUCUUCCGUAUCUUUCUAUGCAGUGUUCGUAAUAAAGUAUAACGCAUUCCAUUUUAAAAUUGAAGUUAUGAAGAAUUUACUGAUGGAACUUCAAUGCGUAUUUAAUGAGUUAAAGGAUGAACAUGAAGUCGCUAUUGUGGAGGAAUAUACUUGUAUUGGAAAACGUUACACGAUAGGACUUGCAGCAUUUGGAUUUUGCGGACUUUCUGUUAGUAUUUUAGCUCAAUUUUGGUCGAAAAUAUUUGCUUUUGUUAUUUUAUCGAAAAACGUGUCUCAACCAUAUCACCUUCACGUUGUGACAGAAUAUUUUAUCGAUCAAGAAAAAUAUUUUUAUCUGAUUGUGUUUCAUAUGUACUUAGUAUUUUCUAUCGGAGGCACUGUACUGAUAGCAAUAGGUGCAAUGCUCAUUACGUAUCUUCAACAUACCUGUGGAAUGUUUAGAAUUGCUAGUUAUCGUAUCAAGCAUGCAAUGAGCUUCGACAUUUUACAAAAUAUUACACUAAAAAAUAAGAAUUUAAUGACCGAAGGCAUAAUUUAUGCCGUUGAAAUUCACCGGCAAGCUAUGAAAUUGUGUAAGCUUUUGGUUUCUUCGUUCGAGACAAUGAUGUUUAGUUUAAUAUCUUGUGGAGUGCUAGUCUUGAGCUUAAACCUAUUUCAAAUUGCAGUGAUUGAAAAUAGUUUUGUGGAAUUGUUUUUCCCAUCUUUUUUUGUACUUGCUACUGUCUUAUAUAUGUUUAUAGCCAACUAUAUGGGGCAAAUUGUAACAGAUCACAAUAAUCACAUAUUUUCUACUGCGUACAAUGUACAAUGGUAUAGAGCCCCGAUACAUAUACAAAGGAUGAUAUUAUUCCUAUUACAAAGAGAAACCAGAGAAUUUACUAUAAAUAUUGGUGGGUUGUUUAAUGCAUCUAUGGAAUGUUUUGCCACGUUGGUUAAGACCUCUGUUUCUUAUUUUACUGUUAUACAUUCUACGCGAUAAAGAAGCAAUAAAUUUAGCAAAUGCAUGAUGAGGAUAUGAUUAAUAAAGAAUCUAUAGUAUGUAUAUUUAGAAAGUAGAAAGAUUAAUUUUUUGAAAAUGUAAUUCAGCUAGAGAAAAGUUGACGAAUAAAUACUAGUUGUUAAAUCAUA